GAUGUUUCCGGGUAGUGUGUGAUAAUGCGGUACGGUCGACUCGGGAAUUAUCGGAGAAAGGACGACCGUCAGGGAGAAGGUUGUUAAUCGUAACGGAUUAAUAACACCGAACGUUGAGAUUUUCUUGCGCGUGACUGAAUUAUGAUCUCUUGACGUAUACUUAUUAUAUUCGCAUCCCGGAACGCGAUGGUGUAAAGCGUCGCCAAACUCCAAUUGUUGUCGUUUUCAUCGUCAUCGGUGCACAGAGCCAGACGGGCUGGUUCUUUUGCUCGUCGUCGAUCCAAUUUUCACUGUGGAAUCCCAGAACCCGAUUGAUAAAAUGGACACGCCAAAGACAAAUGAAGUAGAAUUGAAAAGUGUCGUUUCAGAUGUGAAACGUACUAGAUUUCAAGUAAACUUGGUGGAUAGUGAUACUCCUACUAGAAUGAGAUUAGAUAGUGUAUCGUCCGAUGACAACAAGUAUAAAAGUUUUCGGCAACUAACACGUGAAGCAUUACCUAGAGUGGAUAAUUAUAGAAAUAUAAUGUCAGUACAUGUUGCAUGUCGACCCACUUUAGAUGAACUGCAUAAUUGUGAUUUGGCUGAAAAAAAUCUGGAAUUUCAAGACAAUGAACUUAGUAGACCAACAAAAAAAAAACAUGAGCAAGGAUGGAUAAAAGGAGUUCUGAUUCGUAAUUUAGUGCAAAUAUGGGGUCUCAUGUUAUUUUUAAGAGUGGCUUGGGUUGUUUGUACUACCGGUCUAGUUUCAGGAAUUGUUAUAAUAUUGUUUGGUGGUGCUAUAACAACUAUAACAGCCUUAUCUAUGUCAGCAAUCAGUACAAAUGGUGUGUUAAAGGAAGGUGGAACAUAUUUUAUGAUAUCUCGUUCUCUUGGACCUGAAUUUGGUGCUUGUAUAGGUGUAAUAUAUUCUAUAGCAUUAUCUGCUGCUUGUGCAAUGCAUCUGGUUGGUUUUUGUGAAAUGGUACAGAUUCUAAUGAACUCAAUUGAUUGGGCUAUUUUGGAUGGUGGAUUGCAAGAUAUGAGACUUCUUGGAAUUGGUUUAACAGCUGCAUUGUUAUGUGCAACAUUAGGUGGCAUUCGAUCACGAAUACAGGUUCAUGUAGCAGUUUUAGUUCUUAUGAUCACUACCAUUUUGAAUGUAUUCAUAGGAGCGAUUUAUGGACCAAAAAAUGAUUUUGAAAAAAAUCAUGGUUUUAUUGGAUUUAGCUGGGUAGCAAUCAACCACAAUAUGUUUAAGAAUUUUAAAUCUUUUGAUGAAUGGUGCAAGAGUUUUUGGUCUGGUUUUGGUAUAUUUUUCCCAGCAGUAUCUGGAUUUUUAGCUGGUACAAAUAAAUCUGGUGAAUUAAAGGAUUCAUUAAGAGCAAUCCCAAGAGGAUCUUUAACAUCUAUUUUUAUUUCUUCCUCCGUUUACAUAAGUAUUGCAGUUUUAGUUGGUUCAACCUAUUUAAUAGAUGAAGAAUCUUUGAAAUCGGAUUCAAUAUCAAGCUGUGAUACUCCUAAUAAAUUUUAUGCAGUCAAUCAGACUAUUGGGAUGAUAGCCUUAUUUAGUCCAUUAGUAUACGCAUGUAUCUUGGCUUCAACAUUAACAGCUUCGUUUUCUUCAUUUUUAGCUGCUCCUAAGGUAUUUCAAAUGUUAUGCAACGAUAGACUAUACAAUAAUCUUUCGUGGUUUGGAUUUAGUAGUAAAUCAGGAGAGCCAAUAAGAGCUGAUAUUUUGACUACAAUAAUUGUUUUGCUGUUUGUAAUUCCUGGUGACUUGAAUGCAAUAUUACCCUCAAUAUCCAAUAUAUUCUUAAGUGUCUAUGCACUGAUAAAUUUUAGUACUUUUCAUGCAUCUUUGGUUAAACCAAUUGGUUGGCGUCCUACUUUUAAGUUGUAUAAUAAGUGGUUAAGUUUGGGAGGUGCAAUGCUUUGUGUUGUUUUAAUGUUUGUCAUAAGCUGGUGGACAGCUCUGGUAACAUUAGGUGCUAUUUUGGCUCUGUAUUUGAUUGUGUCGUAUCAAAAACCAGAUGUGAAUUGGGGUACAAGUACUCAAGCUCAAACUUAUAAACAAGCUUUGAUGUCUGUUCAUAAUCUUAUCAGAGUUGAAGAUCAUGUCAAAAACUUUAGGCCUCAAUUACUUGUACUUACAGGAAUGGCAUCUGCUAGACCAUCAUUAAUUGAUUUUGCUCAUCUUAUCACAAAAAAUUUGUCAUUACUAGUGUGUGGAAAUAUUAUCAAAAGUCCAACGUCACAAAAGUUACUUGAGAUAUAUUCAAAACAUGCUAUAAAUUGGUUAUGUUACCACAAAAUUAAAGGAUUUUAUGUUCAAAUUGAUGGUACUAAUUUUGAGGAUGGAGCAAAAAGUCUGAUGCAAACAGUUGGCUUGGGAAAACUCAAACCCAACAUUGUGAUGUUAGGGUAUAAGAGUAAUUGGUUAAAAUGUAGCAAUCAGGACUUAAAUAUGUAUUUCAACGUUCUCCAUAAAGCCCUAGAUAUACAUAUGGCUGUUUGUAUAUUGCGUGUAAAAUCUGGACUUAAUUUUUCCAAUUCUAUUCUUAUUGAUGAAAUGCAAUUAGAUAUGUUGGUGAAUCGUAAAGCCUCAUACUUGUCAGAAGAACCGUUUUUGCAUAGUCGUUCACAAUCUAUGUCUACUGUUGCUGAUAAAAAUGAUAGUGAUGAAGAAGAUGAAUUAUUGACAAAAGAUGCUCCUACAAUAUUUAAUACAUCUGGCAUUGAUGAUAAAGCUGAUAAACAAAAUAUAAGCAAAAAUCAAAAAGCUAAUAUUGUGAAAGGAGCUGAUGGUUAUGACUUAUCCAAAGAUAUUGUUAAUGAAAUAACCAGAUUCCAACGUAAACAAAAGAAAGGAACAAUUGAUGUGUGGUGGUUAUAUGAUGAUGGAGGAUUAACAUUGUUAUUGCCUUAUAUAUUAAGUACAAGAGGGAAUUGGUCAUCUUGUAAAUUAAGAGUAUUUACAAUUGCAAAUAAAAAAGAUCAAUUGGAAUUUGAACAAAGAAGUAUUGCCAGUUUAUUAGCUAAAUUCCGUAUCGAUUAUUCAGACUUGGUAGUGAUAACAGAUCUAAUGAGAAAACCACACGAAGAAACAUUAGCAUUUUAUGAUUCAUUAAUAAAAAGUUAUAAGCCUAAAGGACCAAACAGUGAAACUGAUGGUAUAAAAGAAUCUGAGUUGACAGCAAUGAAAGAAAAAACAAAUCGUCAUCUAAGGUUAAGAGAAUUACUUUUAGAAAAUUCUCAAGAAGCCAAUUUAAUUGUAAUGACUUUACCAAUGCCCAGGAAGAAUGUAGUUCCAGCCUCUUUGUAUAUGUCUUGGUUAGAGACACUAACACAAGGUAUGCCUCCAUUCCUUUUGGUCCGAGGAAAUCAAAAUUCUGUACUUACAUUUUAUUCCUAAGCAUUGGCCGCUCAAAGUAUUGUUCCUCAAUAAAUUACUGGUAAAGUGAUGUUAUGUAACACUAGUUUUAUAAAUUUAAAAAUAAACAAUACCAUUUCUUACAAAAUUUACUUAUAAUAUUAUAUUUUAAAAGGUUUUA